AUGUCCUUUACUGCUCCACAACCUCCUCCGACUUGGGAGCAUACUACGAAAGACAUUCAUGACCUCACCAAAGAUGCCAUUGACAAGUACAAGGCUACUAUGGAUCGUAUUGGCGCUCUUGAUCCAAAGGAGUGCAAUUUCACAUCUACAGCACUUGCAGAAGCGGACGAGGUAUUUGAUAAAGUAACCGAACCAUUAGCAUUCUACCAGAAUGUCUCCGCAUCGAAAGAACUUCGGGAUGCCUCCAAUGAGGCUGAAUCUACAAUCCGGGACUUCGGUGUCGAAACUUCUAUGCGCAUCGAUGUCUUCAACGCAAAGGUUGCUGCUGAAAAGAAUGUCAAGGAAUCUGGCCAGUGGGAUAAAUUAUCGCCUGAAGAACAACGUCUCGUCGAAAAGCUGGUUUUGGAUGGUACACGAGCAGGGCUAGCACUUCCAAAAGAGAAGAGAGACGAAUUGACCAAUCUCAAGAAGGAAUUGUCUCAAGUCUGCUUGGAGUUCCAUAAAAACUUCAAUGAAGAAAAUGGUACCAUUGCUUUUACUGAAGAGGAGCUCAAGGGCGUCCCUAAAGACGUGGUCUCUGGCUACAUUAGACGCACUGAAGGCGACGUCGAACUUUAUGACGUGACUUUCAAAACUCCGGACAUCUUCCCUAUCUUCAAAUUUGCUGAAAAUCCAGAAACCCGUAAAAAAGCUCAAGAAGGUCAUGAAGCACGUCUCGCUUCCAAUGUCCCCCUUCUUGACAAAGCCUUGAAUCUACGACGUCAAAUUGCCACGCUUCUUGGAUACAAGACCUGGGCAGAUUACAUCACAGAAGUAAAGAUGAUUAAAACCGGAAAGGGUGUGGAAGACUUCCUUAAUGACCUUGAAGAAAAGCUUCUACCUGUCGGUCUCAAGGAUAGAGAUACACUUCUUGCAAUGAAAAAGAAAGAACACGAAGCCAAGGGUCUUCCAUUUGACGGCAAAUUUUAUAUUUGGGAUUAUCGCUACUAUGAUCGCAAAUACAUUGAAGAAACGCUGGAUCUGGAUGACUCUCUAGUCAAAGAGUACUUCCCAGUCUCUGUGGUGGUUCCGGCCAUUUUGGAAAUCUAUCAGAACCUCCUAGGAGUGAGGUUCGAAGAACUCAAGGACGCGUCUAUCUGGCAUCCAGAGGUUCAAGCGUAUGCUGUCUGGGAGAAAGAUGCAAAGGAUGAAUCGGGAUUCCUUGGCUACUGCUAUCUUGAUCUCUUCCCGAGGCCUGGAAAAUAUUCACAUGCUGCUGUCUGGCCCAUUUUUUCUGGUUACGAGCUCCCCGAUGGAAAGCGAAGCUACCCACUUACGGCUAUGGUUGCCAAUUUGGCCAAGCCCACACCUGAUAAACCUGCACUCAUGCGCCACGACGAUGUUGUAACGUUCUUCCAUGAGAUGGGCCAUGUAUUCCACGGUCUCCUUAGCAGGACCAAGUAUGCUAGAUUCCACGGUACAAGUGUUGCGCGUGACUUCGUUGAGGCUCCUUCUCAGAUGUUGGAGAACUGGUGCUGGGAGCCUAAGGUCCUUCAGAAAAUGUCGAGUCAUUACCAGACAAAGGAACCGCUCUCAUCCGAACUCAUUGAAAAACUUGUCAAGAGCCGUUAUGUGAACGUCGGUCUUUUCUACCUUAGGCAAUUGUUCUUCGCAAAGUUUGAUUUGAAAGUCCACACUGACCAAACGGCGGAUGAUUAUACUCGCCUCUGGUGCAACUUGCGAGAGAAAAUUUCGCUUGUCAGUCACGACAAAGAACUUCCCGGUCAGGGCACGUUUGGCCACAUUACUGGUGGCUACGAUGCGGGCUAUUAUGGUUACACAUACUCCUUGGUGUUCGCAGCAGAUAUGUACUCCACCGUCUUUAAGGCUGACCCACUUGAUCCCACCCGCGGGAAACUCUACCGUGACAAGAUCCUUCGUCCUGGUGGAAGUCGCGAAGAGCUGGAUACUUUGACGGACUUCCUCGGACGACCACCAAACAGCGAGGCAUUCCUUGAAGAACUCUUUGGUACAGUUCCUGCGUCGAAGACAGCAGCCAACCUCUAG